AUGGUGUCUUUUAAAGCAGUCACAGCUUUAACAGCGUUAGCUUCAGCAGCUAGUGCUCAAUACUUCAACUCCUCAUCAGGUAGUAUAUCCAUUUCUUCAUUAUCUGAAUCAGACUCAUUUAUUUAUUCACCAACUUCAUCUGGAUCUUCAUCAGUUGCUUCAUCUUCAAGUUCUUCUUCAGCAAGUAGUACACCAAGUACAGAUGGUAUUACAAAUAUUGAGGUUUUCGAUGCUUAUACAGGUUCUGCUACCUCAAAUUCCAGAUUCCAUUGGUUUACAAUCAAGGUUGAUGUUGAAAAAAGACAAGGAUCUUCUUCAGAUAUUACAUUCACUUUACCAGAUUCAUUCAGAGGUUUCCCAGAAAGUGAUAUUGAUGUUUUACAAGAUGGUGAAACUGUUGGUACUUUGACUAGUAGUGGUAAUGAUUUCACAUUUGAUUUUGCUGAUGAUUCAAUAGUUGAUACAAGUGUUACAUUCACUGCUUUACUUACGGAUUCUGCUAUUUCUUCAAUUGAUUCACCAAAAUUACAAUCCUUCAAUUUUGAUUCAUCUUCAGGUUCUUUUGAAAGUCAAAUCCAGUUUGUUCCAAGAGACUUGACCACUGUUGGUAAGAACGCUGGUAAUGAUGGUGAAAAAGUUUGGUGGACUGUUGAUAUUCCAGCCCAACUUUACCAUGGUUCAUUCGACUUCAACUCUGAAGUUUCAGAAGGCUACCAAUUCUUACCGGAAUUACUCAAGGUUGAAAUUGUCACCGGUUUGGAUUCUUUCAACAACAAAUCUUAUUCUUCUGACGCCUCCACUGCUGAUUACAUCGUCAACGCUGAUUCCAGCUCAUUGGUAUUGAGUUAUACAGGUGCUGCUAUUGAUGGUGCUUUCUUGAGAAUCACAUACUUUGCUGCUCCAGGUAACUUGGUGUUCUGGCCAAAUGAAGCCCUUAUCGGUUUAGCUCCAGCUUCAGGAUUGUCAAAGAGAGAUACUGUUUACUCAUUGGAAGAUAAUUACAAUAUUGUUGCUGUUGCUAACGCUGCUUCUACUGCUGCUUCUUCUGAUGUUGAUGCUUCAUCUUCUAUUGCGGGUGCUGGUGAUGUUACCUCUUCUUCUUCUGGUUUAAGCUCUAUUUCUGCUUCUGCUUCUGCUUCAAGCUCUGAUUCAAGCUCUAUUUCUGGCUCAAGUUCUAUUUCUGGUUCAAGCUCUGAUUCAAGUUCUGAUUCAAGCUCUAUUCCUUCAUCUGCUAUUUCUUCUUCCGUUGCAAGCUCUGAUUCAGGUUCUAUUUCUGCUUCUGAUUCAAGCCCUGGUUCUGAUUCUGGUUCUGGUUCUGAUUCAAGCUCUGCUUCUGCUUCAAGCUCUGCUUCAAACUCUGACUCUGUUUCUGUUUCUGUUUCUGUUUCAAGCUCAAUUUCUGCUUCUGCUUCUGCUUCUGCUUCCAGUUCUGGCUCAAUUACAUCUGCUGCUUCAUCGGUUUUAAAUACAGGUUCAGAUAAAGCUUCUAGUACUUUAACUAGUGUUUCUACAGUCACUUCAACAAGUGAUGAUGGUCAAGUUGUUACUUUUGAAACCACAAAAACUUAUAUUGGUACUUCAUUAAUUGUUUCUGUCUCCUCAGGUGAAUUCACUACCAUUACUACUUUGAUUCCAAUCGGUGGUGCUUCUUCAGUUGCUACUGUCACAGGAUCAGAUGGUGAUGUUGAAACUUUGACUACUAUUGUCGAUCCAUCAAAUACCGGUGCUUCUUCUUCAAAUGCUGCUAAUACUCAAGUUAUCACUUCAACAAACUCAGCUGGUAAACCAACAACAUAUACCACUACACAUUCAAGUGGUGAAGUUGCUACUUUGACUACAACUGGUACUGAUGGCAAACCAACAACUUUAACUACAACUUAUGGCGCUGGUGCACCAGCUCAUACUUAUGUCACAUUUGGUACUACUGAUUCAGAAGGUCAUUCAAUCACAGCUACUGGUGAAAUCAUUAAAACUACAACUAUUACAAAUGGUCAUUUAGUUACUUUAACUACUACCUAUUGUCCAUUGACUGAUACAAAAUCAAUUCCAACCGUCACUGCUGCUCCUGUUCAUGGUGGAUCUGCUGUUACAUUUACUAAAACUGGUGCUGAUGGUAAACCAACUGCUUAUGUUGGUGAACAAUACACUACAACUGUUACACAUACCAAUGGUAAUAUUGUUACCUUAACUACUACAUACUGUCCAUUAACUGCUGAAACUGCUUCAACUUCAAUUCCAACUGUUACUGCCGCUCCAAUUCAUGGUGGUUCAGCUGUUACUUUCACCACUACAGGUGUUGAUGGUAAAUCAAGUGUUUUCGUUGGUGAAGAAUAUACCACCACUAUUACACAUACCAAUGGUAACAUUGUUACAUUAACUACUACUUAUUGUCCAUUAACUGCUUCAUCAGGUGCCGUUAAAACUACAAGUAUUGCAUCGGGUGCUGCUACUACUGCUAUUCCAACUGUUACUUUUGCUCCUGUUCAUGGUGGUUCAGCUGUUACAUUCACAACAACUGGCUCUAAUGGUAAAUCAACAGCUGUUAUUGGUGAAGAAUAUACCAUUGUUACUAAGACCAAUAACAACAUUGUCACAUUAACUACUACUUAUUGUCCAUUAAGUGAUGUUCAAGAAACUUCAGCUCCAACUAAUGGUAUCCCAAUUACUUUCACAUCAACUGGUUCAAAUGGUGAAACCUCAAUUGUUACUGGUCAAAUUGUUGAAUCCACCUCAACUGGUUCAAACGGUGAUGUUACUAUCAUCUCCUCUGUCUAUGUUCCAUCAGUUGCUGCUACUACUACUGCUGUUGAAUCUGUUAACAAUGUUGCUCCUGCUGGUUCAACUGGUUAUGUUGUUGUUGAUACAACCACAAACAAUGAAGGUCAACCAAUUUAUUAUACCUCAAUUGCUUCAGUUCCAGCUGCCCAAGGUUCUGGUAGUGAAACCGCUGUUAUUGUUCAAACUUCAAAUGGUGUUGCUGAAACAUUUACCACUGUUAUUCCACCAGCUCAAGCUACUGCUGUUCAAGCUCAACAAUCAUCUGCUGAUUCAACUGAAACUGUUGGCCAAGUUGUAACACAAACUCAAGCUUCAGGUUCAAACGGUGAAACUUUAGCUUCUUCUGUUGGUUCAGGUUCUUCUGAAUCAUCAGCUCAAGGUUCAUCAGUUGCUGCUAUCUCAACAUAUGUUGGUUCAGGUAUGUCCCUAAAAUCAUCUAGUUUCUUGAUGAUUUUAACUUCAGGUUUAUUUUACUUGUUAUGA